AUGGAAGCCUUUCUUCGUGUUACCGAUACCGUCCGCAACUUCAGAGAAGCAAAACUCUCAGCCCUCCGCUCCCCGACCGAAUUCUUCGAUGUCCAACGCAUCUCCCGCCCCGCCGACAUGAACACGGCCGUCUCACGAAUCUCCUACAACACGCGAUACUUUUCUGGCAACUAUGGCCUUAUCGUCGCAAUUCUCGCAGUCUACGCCUUGUUGACCAACCUCUGGCUCUUCUUCGCACUCAUAUUCCUUGUUGGAGGCUUCGCCCUGAUCAAUAAAUUCGCCCCAGAACCGACGCAAGUUGGAGACUACGUUGUCACCCAAAAGUCGCUGUACACUGUGUUGUUCUGCGUUGGAAUCCCCUUGCUCUUCUUCUCCGGUCCGCUCGGCACGGUCUUCUGGGUCGUCGGAGCGUCGGGAAUAAUAAUCAUCGGCCACGCGUGUAUGAUUGAGCCUGGCGUCGAGAGCGAGUAUGCAGCGGUGGAAGGCCAAGUCUAA